AUGAACAAAUUAUUUAUUCAGGUCGUCUCCGGUGCUCCGCGGCAAAUGUACGACUCGAUCCCUGCCAGCUCACCGGAGUACACCAUUCUUUGCGCACAAGCACCGGACCCAGAGGACCGUAUUGCUUUGCUUAUGCGGCGCUUUACCACCUCCACGGAGGGAAGUUCGGCCCAAACAAUGUGUUACCUCCUGCAAACAUGUGCCUCAGCAAACGUCUCACCAGAUGAGGCAGAACACAUAGUUGAGACACUUGUGGAGUUUGCCGAUCACCACCCAAGUUGGACUGAGACCAUUAAAUGGAUUUGUGCCCUUAUCCAUUAUUACUGCACGGAUGACGUCACCGUUUCUAUUUUUUCCGAGUGUGGUGCGCCUUCUGUGGCGGUUCGAGCGUUAAAAGAAAAUGUACAAAACGACCAACUUGUCCUGGCGGCAUGUGCAUUGUUGUCGCAUUUUAACUUGUACCCUAUAGGUGAUGGGAUUUCUCAACUUGCUCGUGCUCUUCAAGCUCAUCAUGCAGAUGCACUGGUUUGUAAGGUAGCCUGCCGGGCUCUUGCGGAGUUCACCUCAUAUGUAUUGGAAUGCCCUUCAAGUUUUGUGCCAUCUAAUAAGGAGUUUGUUGAGGCCAAUGGAGUUGAAGUGCUUGAAAGCGUUCUGCGGGACCAAAUUGGUGAUGAGGAAACUACACGGUAUGUCGCUCGGAUCGCCGCAAACGUGACAAGUUCAGGUAUUCCAAACUCUCUGGAGGCAGACUCAAAGGUUAUUUCGUACCUUGCAGAAGCCAUGGGACGCUACGCAGACUCUGAUCUUUUGUGCAGUCACGCUUUGCAUGUUUUUAGCAACUUCCCCAAUUCCUCGUACAUUGAGUGGGAUACCGUUGCAAAAAUUUUCAAAACGACAGAGUCAGAGGCAACCACGUUGGAGGCAAUUCAUUUUUUUUGCAGUGUUGCAAUGAAUGUUAAAACACAAAAGCAGCUGAUUUAUUCUACAGGUUGUCUGCAGCGGGUACUGGAAGUGAUGCGCAAGCAUGAAUCUAACGGGGCUAUUCAAGCAAAUGCUUGCAGUCUACUUUCCUAUCUUUCCUUUGACUCAGAAACGAUAACGUCGGAAAUAACAGAGUCAUGCGGAAUUCUCUUGGUUUUGAAGGCUAUGCAAAAUUUUCCUGACAAUGAAGAUUUACUGGUCUCUGCAUGCGCUGCACUCAGUGGGUUGACAUUCAAUAAUUUUCAGGGGCAGCAGGUUAUUAUUCAGGAGAAUGGUGUCGCACGUAUUUUGGAUGCUAUGCGUUUUGGAAAAAGUGCGCGGCUGCAGGAAAACGGUUGUUUGGCUAUUGGGACGAUGUGCUGGAACAGUGAGUUAAAGGCGGACGUUGUUCGUUUGAAUGGAGUGGAGUUGAUUAUGAAGGCUCUGGAGGAACACUAUACAAGUCCUGGUCUCGUGAAGAAUGUUUGUCGAGCUUUAGCUCAAGUUGCUUUUAAUUGUGAGGCUUACCGCGAUGCCAUGUGCGCAAGUGGAGCAAUUCCAUUAAUUAUAAAAGGUAUGGCGCAACACCCAGAUUAUGACAGAGUACAAAUGCACAGCUGCGUGGCCCUAUCCUAUCUUUCCUGGAAUAAUGAAGAGAAUUCGGCAAAAAUUGCGCAAAACAAAGGGUAUGGUGUUAUCAUCAAUGCCAUGAGAAAUCACCUACACAACUACGAAGUUCAAGAACACGCAGCACGUGCAAUUGCGAAUAUUGGCACGGUUCCAUGUGAGGACCUGGAACAGGCACCUGAACAAAUUGUUGCUGCAAUGCGACGCCAUGAGCAUGUGAGCGAAGUACAGGAGGAAACGUGCCGUGCUAUUGUUACUCUUUCCUUAAUUUCCCCUGCAUACAAGGACAAGUUGUGUGAACUAAAUGUUGUGGAAUUUGUUGUGGCGGCAAUGCGUAAUUUUGCUGGUGAUCAGGUGGUUCAGCAAGAGGCAUGUAAUGCGCUAGCUCAUCUCGCCUACGAACAUGCGAAGCUUAAUAAGGCGGUAACGGAACUCAAUGGUGUGGAGGUCCUCCUGACUGCCAUGAAGACGUAUGUAAAUGCACCUAAGGUGCAGUUAAAUGCGUGUGGCGGCCUAAGCGCAUUAGCAUUUGACAACACCCUGGCCCAACAACAAAUUUAUGAUCUUGGAGGUGUUGCCUGUGUCAUUCGCGCAAUGACAAAUUUUGAGCGUCUACGCAUGUUGGAGCUGGGAUGUUCAGUGCUAGGAACCUUGGCAUGGAACACUGAAAUAAAGGAAAGGGUUGCUGUUGUCGCCAUACCAGAGAUCUUAAAAGCCAUGCGUGUACACUAUCAAAGUCCACUUUUGCAGAAAUCAACUUGUCGGGCUAUAUCUCAGUUUGCGUUUAACUCGGAGAGCAAUCGCAGACUUCUCGCGGACUCCGGGGCUAUACCACUUAUUGUGACGGCAAUGCGCUCGCAUAUUACGAUGGACAAACUUCUUGUGCACGGAAUCAAGGCUCUGACGUACUUAUGCUGGGAAAAUACUCAAGUUGCGGAGGCCAUUAUCAACGAAGGCAUUGAAGAGGUUCUGCAAAAAAUCGUUAACACGUACUCCUCGUCGCAACGCGUCUAUGGUGAGGCCGUUCAUCUUUCUAAGAUUCUCUUCCGCAAAGUGUCAAGCAGUCCUCAGGCGAGGAUGUGCUCUCCACCAUUCUUUUCUCCUGUGUCAAUGUCGCAAACACCUGGGCCUGGGGUCACCCAAGCUGAAAAGGCGAUGUUUCUUAGCCCUCCCACGCAAAUGGACAUGAAUGUUCCACAAUUCCACGCCCUUCCCCAGGAACUGAGUCGACAGGAAGGACGUCUGCAGCGCACUCAGUGGGGCAAUCAGGAACACCAGGCGAGAAGUGAGAGUAAAGGGGAGGGACCCAGUCGUCGACGGCGAAAUAGACGUCGUGGGGGAAACAACAGUUUUGAAAGGCGCCCGGGACAGCUUGAAACUCACGGGGAGGAACAGAGUACAGGACCCCAUCACAUGGACCCUUACGCCGCACGAGCACAACAACGGGAUAAUGGCGCAUCCAAUCCGUUAUCCGUGGAAGACUUGUGGGAUGAUCCGGAUCCUGGAACAUACCACGGCAACCGUCAGUUGGGCAAUCUUAACUGGCAACGGGUGGAACUGGCACGCCAACACAGUGAAGGACAGCGACUUCCUUCCGAACUGCCUGCACGUGGUGGUGGACGUAGCAAUAGGCGACGUGGAAACCCCCGGAACAGUGGCCGCGGAAGGGGACGAAGUGACCAGUAG